AUGGAUUAUGCGGCAAUUGAUGAAAUUUCACGUGCUGACUAUCCAAAUAAUAAUUUGAAAAAUAUUCAAUAUGGUACAGCGGGAUUUCGAAUGAGAGCUGAAUUAAUACCACAUGUAGUUUAUAGAAUGGGAGUACUAUCAGUUUUACGAUCUAAAUUUUUUAAUGGUGCAGCAAUCGGAUUAAUGAUAACAGCUAGUCACAAUGAAGAGCCUGAUAAUGGUAUUAAAAUAGUUGAUCCAGCUGGAGAGAUGUUAGAAGCCGAUUGGGAGAAAAUUGCAACAGAAUUUGCAAGAGUUCCUGACUCUGAAUUAAUUGAUAAAAUAAAAAAAAUUAUUAGAGAGAAAAAUAUUGAUGAAAAUGCUCCUGCGUUGAUAGUUAUUGGCAGAGAUACCAGAGAAAGUGGAGUAUCAUUGUCGCAAGCUGCUGUCAAGCCGAUAAAAUUUAUGAAGGCAGUUGUUAAAGAUUUUGGAGUGAUUACAACACCUCAGUUACAUUAUUUAGUUGUUUGUAUUAAUACUAAAGAGCUGUAUGGUGUGGCGACUAUAGAAGGAUAUUUUGAUAAGCUGAGCAGCGCAUUUAAAAAAAGUCAGACUGUUGAGAAUAAAAUUGUUAAAAAAAUAAAUUAUAAAAAUGAAGUUUAUGUAGAUGCAGCCAAUGGUGUUGGUGCUUUUGCUGCUAAAAAAUUUAAAGAACAAUUGAGUAAUUUUUUAACUAUUAAUAUUUUCAAUGAUGGGGAUGGAAAACUUAAUUACAAGUGUGGAGCAGAUUUUGUGAAGAUUCAUCAAGCUCCUCCUCUCAAUAAUCCUUCUAAGCCAUAUUUAAAAUGUGCAAGUAUUGACGGAGAUGCUGAUAGACUGGUUUAUUAUUAUGUAGAUGAAAAAAAUGAAUUUAAUUUACUUGAUGGAGAUAAAAUAGCCAUUUUGAUUGUAAGUUAUCUCAAAGAACUCAUUGAAGCAAGUGGUUUGUCUAUUAAACUGGGUUUAGUCCAAACAGCUUAUGCUAACGGAGCAUCUACUAAUUAUGUCACUGAAACUUUGAAAGUCCCAGUCGCUUUCACAGAGACUGGUGUUAAACAUCUUCAUCAUCAAGCUCAACAGUUUGAUAUUGGAGCAGUCGGAGAUGCUCUCAGCGAUAUGCUGUUAGUUGAAACAAUUUUAUACGCUAAAGAUUGGGAUAUUGUUACUUGGAAGCAAUGUUACUCGGAUUUUCCAAACAAGCAAUUAAAAGUUAAAGUUGUAGAUAGAAAUAUUAUUAAAACUACCGAUGCAGAAAGACAAUGUACUUCUCCAAUGGGUUUACAAGAUAAGAUUGAUCAAUUAGUAUCUCAAUACCCGAAAGGUCGAUCAUUUGUCAGACCUUCUGGAACAGAAGACAUUAUAAGAGUUUACACUGAGUGCCAAAAUCAAACGGAUGUAGACAAAUUAGCCGCUCAAGUAGCUUUAGCUGUUUAUGAAUAUGCAGGUGGAGUAGGUGAAAAACCUAUCGUACCAUAA